CUGAUUGCGCGCAGACGUUAGCUGGGGGAUUCCCCAGGUCUCUGAAAUCCCCCCCCCCGCCUAGUCCAUGGCAGCAGCAGCAGCAGGAGCAGCAGCGGUCGCAGGAGCCUUCUGAGAUUGGAGGAGGACUGGGGGGCUCUGGCGGGGCUCCCCCUAUGGCCCGGCUCUUCCCUGGGGCGGCACUGUGAAGACCUGGCCUAGCAAUGGCCUCCUUGGAAGGGCAGGCUGCCCACCGUGGGCCUGGAGAGCCCAAGCGCCUGGAGUCGGUGGCGGACGAGUGGUGUGACAGCGGCUUGGGGUCGCUCAGUGAGAACCAGCUGUGCCAGCUGCAAGGGGGUGCAGGAGACCUGCUGGCCCAGGGCAGCAUGGAGACGGAGGCCAGAGGGCAGGCGGUGACCCCUGAGCCGGGCUCCCUUGGCCUAGGCGGGCACCCAAAGGCCCUGGCAGAGGAAGACGUCUCUGAGCGGCUGGACUCGGCCCUGGGGGACUCCCUGGGGGGCGACGAGGACAUGGGGGGCAUCGUGGAAGGCGUGGGGGCCGUGCGUAUCGAGGGCGAGGUGGCGGCGGUGGCCCCUGAAGCGUGGCUGCACCACGUCCUGGGCUUCGUGACCGAGGAUGGCGACACAGCCCUCCACCUGGCUAUUAUUCAUGAGCACGAGGCCUUUCUGGACUCCAUCCUGCAGUACACUGAAGGGACAGAUUAUCUGGAUAUUCAAAACGACCUUGGACAGACGGCGCUGCACAUCGCGGUGAUCCUCGACGCUUCGGAUUUCGUCGGCAAAUUAGUGUCGGCAGGAGCAGGAUUGUGCGUGCAGGAGAAGGGCGGGCACACGGCCCUGCACUUGGCGUGUCGCGAAGGGCGGCGGGAAUGUGCGCAGGGCCUUCUGGCCCUACCCGUGUCGCAAAGGCCCUGCCAUGGGAAUGGCUUCCGGGCCCAGCUGGAUUGCACCAAUUACGAUGGUUACACGCCCCUCCACGUUGCCGUCUUGCGGAAAGAUUUGGGCAUGGUCAGUCUCUUAAUUGCAGCGGGAGCUGAUCUCAACAAACCGGAGCUGAGCUGUGGCCGGAGUCCCCUUCACCUGGCGGUGGAGUCGCAGAACCCCGAGGUGGUGGAGUACCUGCUGCGGGCCGGAGCAGACCCAGAGGCCCGCAUGUAUGUCGGCUACACGCCCUUGUACAGCGCCGUGCACCGGCCCGACCAAAAGAUCCCACAGCUGUUGCGGGACUUCGGGUCAGAGGAGUCUGACUGGGAAUCGGAGGAGAGCCUGGACAGUAACAGUGAGGAAGAGUACGAUGACAUCGUCAUCAACAGCGGGCAUUAGAUGGCCAGGAGGGAGAGAGGAUCUUCGUCACCCGGGACACGACCCAUUCCACAACGCGACAUUCACCCCGUGACAGCCGGCUGUGAUUUCCGUAGCAACUGUUUCUUCACUGUGAGCUCGACAUGACUUAUUUAUAGGGGGGGCGGGGGGCAGCUGUGUCGUCCGCCGGGGGGCGGUUUUCUGGGCCCCCCCCCCCGUCCCGACUGGAUUGCUUCCCCUCUCUCAUUUUUUUGUUCCUGUAGUUUUAAAAGGCUUUCUGUUUGUCGCCGUCUGAAAUAAUUAAAGAAAAUGUCGGGGUGGGGUGGGGUUGGGGAGCAACUGCCACUGCCUUUGAGUUUCUGUUUCCUCCCCCACCCACACACCUCCCCCUUCCUACCGGCUUGAGGAAGAAGAAUCCAAGCUCCGUCUCGCCCCCGCUGUGACCACGGCGGAAACCAGAAGCGGGAGCUGGUUCCGAGCCCAGAGUCCGGAUUUUUGGGCACCGCCUUGGCUUUAGGCUUAAGAGGCUCCGUUUCUAGUUUGCGGCCCAGUGAUACGUUCAACCCCAGCCUCAGCCCCCCAAGCAACGCCUCUCGCAGUAUGGAUGCUGUGGGGGUCAAAACGUCUCCCCGCUUUCCCCAGUGAAAAAGCCAACAAAGGAGGCUGUUCUGACCACCCACCGUGUGAAUCACGUCUUUCCUGGGCUGACGCUUUCGAGGCUUGCUAGAAUCUCCCCCUUUCAAGGCUGGGCCGGGAACCCGAGAGCUCAGAGUGGUGGUGGUGGUGGUGGUGGGCAGAUGGAGAUCUGGGGCUCACCCCUGCUCGGCACGACGAAUGCCCCCGAACAGGGCAGGGGAGUUUGCCUUCUCCACGGCCAAAUCAGGAGCGGCCAUUCGCGAUACCUUUUUUCUCCCUCCCUCAAAGUGAAUCCCUGUUGUCCCUUGCGUGCUCAAGCGCGAUUAUUUUGAUGGAGGCAUCGUUGAACCGGGGGGUGGGGGUUUGACACCCGCUGUGUGGAUGCACGAAUCCCUGACCCUCUUGACACUUUCUGGGUCCAGCCUCAAGUCACCUUCCGAGCUCCUGCUGUACACUCCCUUCCAAUUCACGCUAA